GAUCCAAGGUCGCUCUAGAGGCAUCACCCAGGCGAACCGACGACCGCAACCAUGUCGAACACGCAGACCGCCACCUUUAUCCCCUCAAAGCCCGUCCCGAGCGACUACCCGCUCAUCGACAACGACCCGCACUUCAAGCGCGUCAUCGGCUAUGCCCGUCCCUCCGACUACGCCCAUGGCGUCGUAGCCGCCGCCUUUGCCCCCGCGGCCCUCCUCACCCUUGAGCGCUUCGCGCCUUCGCACGUCGGCAAGGGCGGUUUCGCCCCAGCCCUUCGCCUGGCCGGCGCCAUUGGCCUGGCCGGUGGCUUCCUCUACUUCUACCAGCGCUCCAGCCUUCGCUUCUACGGCGCCACCGAGAACGCCCGCGAGAUCGACCUCGACAUGAAGGAGAUGGUGGCCAAGGUCAAGGCCGGCGAGCCCCUCUACGGCGAGAGCCGCCUGACGCCGCACAUGCAGGGCGUCGCGGCGCGGCAGUCGCGCUACUCGGCGCUCUUCAUGGGCGUCCUGCCCUGGUUCAACUUUGUCAACCAUAACCAGCACGGCGUCGACACGGCCAAGUACUACCGCCAGGCCGAGAGGGAGCUCGAGGCCGAGAGGCAAGGGAAGCAGGCGUAAGCUUGCAUGUGUUGUGGAGAGGAAAGGGGGGAGCGGGCAGCAGCGGGGAUGUUGUAGGAUGGAGGUUACCCGAUAUGUGUAUAAAGAGGAAGACGGAUAGAAGCGGGCUGUCACCCGAGCAAUGAUUUUUCUUUUUCA